AUCGAUCAUCACACAAUCUACACUUAAAUUCUGAAAGUGAAGAUUUGACAGGAAGAUUCAUCAUGGCCGUCAUGAGAGCUCUUGUGCUUCUUUUCUUGGUCUUUUCUGUUGAGAGUGCACCAGCUGAAAAGAAAUGCCAUUAUGGAUGGACACCUUUUGGUGUGAAAUGCUACAAAUUCUUCCCUCAUUUUGUUAACUGGGUCAAAGCUGAGAAAAACUGUCAAUCCGUUGGUGCAAAUCUUGCAUCUGUGCGCAAUACAGCGGAAAACAACUUUCUCCUGACAUUGCUUAGGUAUCCUGACACACUUGCUUGGAUUGGUGGUCAAGAUGGUGAAAUUGAAGGACAAUGGCUGUGGUCUGAUGGAUCUCAAUUUCACUUUACCAACUGGUGCCCUGGAGAACCUAACAAUAAUAAACAUAAUAGUCCUGAGAACUGCCUGGAAUUAAACCAAGGCAAUAACCAUUGCUGGAAUGACAUACCCUGUUCAUACACAAUGAGCUACAUUUGUGCCAAACCUCUGGGAUCAUGAAAAAUCUGUCUGUUUCAAAGUACUAUGAUUGUACCUAUACAUUUUUUUUCUGAUCUUAUCCUUUAAACUCAGUAUCUUACUGAACCUUUCUGAAAACGUCU